ACCCUGCCCUCGCCAGAGGGGUUAAACUCCAGCAGCGGACAGGUAUCUGGGUUCUUCCUUGAAUGUCAUGGAGGCCUUCAGCCUCUCCCCAAGCGCAGGUGAGGGCAGAGGUGGGGCUGUCAGGGAGCCGCCAAGAGCUGAGCUCCUGCUGGGGACCGAGGCUGAAGGGGCCCAGGCCCGGUGCCAGCCCUCGGGUGUGCCUGUCCUCACACUGCUGGGCUGUGGCUGGACGAACACCUGAGCCUGGCUUUCUCUUUCUUAGGGACAAGGAACCAGCCCUCCUGGCCAUGGGAGGGGCCGUGGUGGAUGAAGGCCCGACGGGUGUUAAGGCCCCGGAUGGGGGCUGGGGCUGGGCCGUCCUCCUGGGCUGCUUUGUCAUCUCGGGCUUCUCCUACGCCUUCCCCAAGGCGGUCAGCGUCUUCUUCAAGGAGCUCAUGCGUGAGUUUGGUAUCGGCUACAGCGACACGGCCUGGAUCUCCUCCAUCCUGCUGGCCAUGCUGUAUGGGACAGGCCCGCUCUGCAGUGUGUGUGUGAAUCGUUUCGGCUGCCGGCCAGUCAUGCUGGUGGGCGGCCUCCUGGCGUCCCUGGGCAUGGUGGCUGCGUCCUUCUGUGGGAGCAUCAUCCAGCUGUACCUCUCCACGGGAGUCCUUACUGGCUUGGGUCUGGCGCUCAACUUCCAGCCCUCACUCAUCAUGCUCAACCGUUACUUUAACAAGCGGCGCCCCAUGGCCAAUGGGCUGGCGGCGGCAGGCAGCCCCGUGUUCCUGUGCGCGCUGUCCCCGCUGGGGCAGCUGCUACAGGACCAAUUCGGCUGGCGGGGCGGCUUCCUCAUCCUGGGCGGCCUGCUGCUCAACUGCUGCGUGUGCGCUGCGCUCAUGAGGCCCCUGGAGGCGCCCCAGGCAGGGGCGGGGGCAGGGCCCGGGCCCCAGAGGCCGUCCAAGCGGCUGCUGGACCUGAGCGUCUUCAGGGACCGUGGCUUCAUCACCUACGCGGCGGCGGCCUCCAUCAUGGUGCUGGGGCUGUUCGUGCCGCCCGUGUUCGUGGUGAGCUACGCCAAGGACAUGGGCGUGCCGGAUGCCCGGGCCGCCUUCCUGCUGACUGUGCUGGGCUUCGUGGACAUCUUCGCCCGGCCGGCCGCCGGCUUUAUCACGGGGCUCCCCCGGGUGCGGCCCUACUCCCUCUACCUCUUCAGCUUCGCCAUGUUCUUCAACGGGUUCACCGACCUCACGGGCUCCACAGCCGCCGACUACAGCGGCCUGGUGGUCUUCUGCAUCUUCUUCGGCAUCUCCUACGGCAUGGUGGGGGCCCUGCAGUUUGAGGUGCUCAUGGCGAUCGUGGGCACCCACAAGUUCUCCAGCGCCAUUGGCCUGGUGCUGCUGCUGGAAGCCAUCGCCGUGCUCAUCGGGCCCCCGUCCGGAGGCAGGCUCCUGGAUGCCACGCAUGUCUACCAGUUCGUGUUCAUCCUGGCGGGGGCCGAGGUGCUGGCUGCCUCCCUGGUGCUGCUGCUGGGCAACUUCUUCUGUACUGGGAAGAGGCCUGCGGGAGCCGCCAAGGAGGAGGAGUGCCACAAGCCCCCUGCGGAGGACAGGGACAGGGUGGACUCAAGGGAGGUGGAGCACUUCCUGAAGGCGGAGCCUGAGAAAAAAGGGGAGGUCGCUCACACCCCAGAAACGAGUGUCUGACCACGGGUGCAG